AUGAGAGAAGAAUCUCGUGUUGGUGUCGGACUAGCUGAGCCUCAUCGAAUCACAUGGUACGGUGAAGAAUAUUUUGAACCCACUAAAAGAAAUCAGGCAUCUCAUACUAGAGUAAGCAAUAAUGCUUCCUGGUCUAAAGUUCAUCGAAGCUCAAAUGAAAUUCUUUCUCCAUCCAUUAAUAAGGAAAGAGAUGUCGGAAAGUCAAAUGAAGUCAUUCCCAAUGGUUAUCUGAAUGCUGAUGGGCCAGUACAUACUUCUAUUCCACUGAAGGAAAAAAAUAUGACAUCUGUGAAUAUAUUGGCAAAACCCCUCAAUCUUAUGAAAGAUAGUGGAUGGGAUAUGCAUGCUAAUAACAAGGGUGAUGAUGAACUUGCAUUCUCCAUGCUGAACCGAAAUUUGCCUAUCUAUAUGAUUUGUCCUCACUGCAGGCGUUCUAGGAAUAAGAAAGAUAUAGCAGAUGUUAAGUUUGAUAGCGGUAUCUCACAGCUUAAAAGGAUUUUUAUGGUCACACCAACAUUUCCUGUAAUACUAGCCACAUGCCCUGUUGUGCAAUUUGAGGCAUCAUGCCUGCCUUCAUCAGUUCCAGAUCGUGAACGGAAAUUGCAGUUUAGCCUUGGAUGUCAAGUGAUCUUGCCACCAGAUAGCUUCCUUACCCUUAAAUUACCAUUUGUUUAUGGUGUGCAGCUUGAAGAUGGAAACAAGCAUCCUCUUAAACCCUUUGAACAACAGCCAGAAAUGACUGCCUGGAUAACCAAGGGCACAGUACUGCAAAUCUUGUCCAAAGGGAGCAGUGAUGAGGGAUAUCAAACAUAG